ACCAAAAGCACUCAUCAAAUAAAAAAAGUCCCUCAUUUUCGACUCAUAUUAUUCCCUAUAUCCGGGCACUGACUCUCUCGUUCUUCUCCGUCUUCUUCUUCUUCUUUGAAAGUUUCUGCUCCAUUAUCCUUUGAUGGAAUACUCUGAAAACCUCUCUUUCUUGCAAUCUCUGCAAGCAUCUUUUUGUUUCAUCUUCUUCUUCUUCACCAUAUCCUUCUCUAUUUUCUCUUUCUUUCUUCUUUUCAUGAGGCAGAAAGUUUGGUGCAAUUGUGAUAUUUGUCGUGGGUACCUCACAUCUAGCUGGUUGAUGGAGUUCGGCAAUCUCUGUGACUGGUAUACUCAUCUUCUCCAAAAGUCCCCAACCCACACCAUUCAUAUACAUGUUCUUGGCAACACCAUCACUGCAAAUCCGGAUAAUGUUGAGUAUAUGCUCAAGACCCGAUUCGAUAAUUAUCCAAAAGGAAAACCAUUCUCUACCAUUCUUGGUGAUCUCCUUGGUAAGGGUAUCUUCAAUGUGGACGGAGAUUCAUGGGUGUUUCAGAGGAAAAUGGCUUCUCUAGAGCUUGGAAGUGUCUCUAUACGAUCAUUUGCGUUUGAGGUUGUCAUGGCCGAGAUCAAACAUCGGCUUCUACCCCUUUUAUCAUCAAAUGCUGAGAAAGAUGGCAGCGUAUUGGAUUUACAAGAUGUUUUUCGAAGAUUCACUUUUGAUAAUAUUUGUAAAUUUUCCUUCGGUUUGGACCCCGGUUGCCUCGAAUUGGCCUUGCCCAUCUCCCAAUUCGCUGAAUCCUUUGAUCUUGCAACCAAGUUAUCUGCAGAGAGAGCAAUGGUAGCCACACCAUUGAUCUGGAAGAUCAAACGUUUGUUGAAUUUAGGUUCAGAGAGAAGGCUGAAGGAGGCCAUCAAGAAAGUCAAUGUCCUUGCCAAGGAGGUGAUAAUGCAGAAGAGAAAACUAGGCUUUUCCACACACCAAGACCUUCUUUCAAGAUUCAUGGCUUGCAUCAAGGACGAUAACUACUUGAAAGACAUUGUUAUAAGCUUCAUCCUCGCAGGCCGCGACACCAUGGCUUCCGCACUGACAACAUUCUUCUGGCUGGUGGCCACUCACCCAGAGGUUGAGUCCAAAAUCAGAGACGAGGCAGACCGAAUCAUGCACCCAAAUCAAGAGUUCCCGAGCUUUGAACAAAUUAGGGAAAUGCACUACCUCCAUGCAGCUGUUUAUGAGAGCCUAAGACUCUAUCCACCAGUGCAAUUCGAUUCAAAGUUUGCCCGACAAGACGAUGUUCUUCGAGAUGGAACAUUCGUGAUGAAGGGCACUAGGGUUACCUACCAUCCCUAUGCAAUGGGUCGAAUUGAAGCAAUUUGGGGUCCAGAUUGCACGGAAUUCAAGCCACAGAGGUGGCUAAAUAAUGGUACAUUCUUUCCACAGAGCCCAUUCAAGUACCCAGUUUUUCAAGCUGGGAUUAGGGUUUGCUUAGGGAAGGAAAUGGCAGUGGUGGCGAUGAAAAGCGUGGCGGCCGCGGUGCUCCGACCAUUCGAUAUCCACGUUGUUCACGCCAACGUCGCACCCCGGUUCGAUUCGGGGCUCACGGCCACCGUGAGAGGUGGCCUUCCUGUGGUGGUACGGGAGAGGAGGGCCACCAAUCAGCAUUGUUAAGGUUAAUUUCUAGAAAGGGACAUGUUAGCAAGCACAUGGAAGUUUGAAUGAUGAUAAUGUGCACCGUGGGGUCACGGGGUGUUAUGAUAACAGGCGGUGAGUCACGUGGGGUUGUAUAAUUGGUUUGUUGGGUUGGUUUCAAUGAGUCUAUAUGUGUAGCCUCCGGUGAAGUGAUUUGAUUGUUAGACUUGUUUGUUUUUUUUACUAUUUAG